AGUUCGCUUGGGUCGCGACGCAGAACCAAGCGACAUCCACCGCCUUCGACUGAUAUUCAGCCGCACCAUAUACAUAGAGCGGCCGUGAUCGAAGCGCAAGAAGACAGCAAGUGCGAUUCUACAACGAUGGCGGAUGCGUACAAGAACGUAAAGGCGGGGAGGCUGACCUUUAAGGGCGGUGACCUUGCCGCCGUGAAGUCCAUCGACAAGAAGAAACCCAAGAAGAAGAGGGAUAAGAAGGCGGCGGCGGAGGUGGACGAGAACCCCACCGACGGAGCCGCCUCCAGCGGCGAGGAUGAUGCGGCUGCGGCCGGCGGAGAGGUGUAUACGAUCGACGCGGCGAAGCGGAUGAAGUACGAGGAGCUCUUCCCCGUGGAGGCAAAGAAGUUUGGUUAUGACCCUGCUAACAAGUCCCGCACCAGCGGUGGCUCCGUCGAGGAGGCCCUUGAUGACCGCGUCCGCAAGAAGGCCGACCGCUACUGCAAGUGAUCCAUCCGCCGCCGGAUCCUCGAUUCCAGGUGGCCGUAUUCUGUUUACUAUGGUGAUUUCAGGAGUAUCUAGAUGGCUGAUGUUUAGAAAGAGUCACCAGUGAAAAUUUGCUUGGUUGGCCUCAAAAGUUCAUGGUUGUAUAAAAUAUAGGUACAUUUUGGUCAUGCCUUGAUUGUUAAGAAUCUUAACAUGGUAUGUGGCUAACAUCUUUUUCUCAGGCUGCAAAUGGAAAAUUGAAAUCCUAAUCCAUUGUUGAGGAUGAGUCCUUUUCCCAA